GCUUGCCGACAUGACUCACCUGCAGGCGGGCUUGUCCGCCGCCACCCUGGAGAAAGCUAAGGCGGAGCUCAAAGAGAACUCUGACACUCUCCACCAGGACAUCCAGGAGGUCCGGGACAUGAUCAUCACCCGGCCGGACAUCGGCUUCCUCAGGACGGACGACGCCUUCAUCCUCAGGUUCCUGCGAGCCAGGAAGUUCAACCACUUUGAGGCGUUUAGGCUGCUGGCCCAGUAUUUUGAGUACCGCCAGCAGAACCUGGACAUGUUCAAGAACCUGAAGGCCACAGACCACGGCAUCAAACAGGCCCUCAAGGACGGCUUCCCCGGUGUGCUCUCCAACCUGGACCGACACGGCAGGAAAAUACUGGUUCUGUUUGCGGCCAACUGGGACCAGAGCAGGUACACCUUUGUGGACAUCCUGAGGUCCAUCCUUCUGUCCCUGGAGGCCAUGAUAGAAGACGCCGAGCUGCAGGUGAACGGCUUCAUCCUCAUCAUCGACUGGAGCAACUUCACCUUCAAGCAGGCGUCCAAGCUGACCCCCAGCAUGCUUCGACUCGCCAUCGAGGGGCUGCAGGACAGUUUUCCUGCUAGGUUCGGAGGGAUCCACUUUGUGAACCAACCGUGGUACAUCCACGCUCUCUACACCGUCAUCAGGCCCUUCCUCAAGGACAAAACCAGGAAGAGGAUCUUUAUGCACGGCAACAACCUGAACAGCCUCCAUCAGCUGAUCCACCCUGAGAUCCUACCAUCCGAACUGGGAGGCAUGAUGCCGCCCUACGACAUGGGCACGUGGGCGCGCACGUUGCUGGAGCACGCCUACGACGAGGAGACAGAGUACUGUCCCGAGUCCUACACGCUGUCGGUACAAGACCUGGAGAGAGACUUGGAGAAGGACCUGUCUCCGAAAACCAUGAAGAGGUCCCAGUCGGUGGUGGAGCCCGGCGUACUAAAACGACCAGACAAGGUCAAGUGUGAUGAGGACAACAUGCAGCCGCUGCUCUCGCUGGACUAAAAAAGCAGCUGGAAGACUUCCAGAGUCCUCAACAGGACACAGAGAGAGCCACCGUCCUCUCAAGGACGUCUCCAGGCGCUCCUCAAGGUCCCCCACGGAGCUUCUAAUGAUGGACUUCCAUGUUUCCUUGUCAAGUGCCAAGUCUCUGGAAAAUUCUGAUGAUUGUCUGGAAAUACUUCUGUCCUCAGGAAGGACAAGCUCCAGGAACAACAAGACAGAUUUUAAGGGACUUUCACAAGCUCGGCUCAGGAUCAGCAGAAAGGACGUUUUUACUCCUGGAGACAAGAGAUGGAAUAACGAGCAAACGUCCCUUUACAGGACAUCACUGGUAUUUUCAUUUCCUUCUUUUCAUUACCACCAGGAAGUUGUAAUCUGCCGUAGGUUAUUAACAAGUACAGUCGUCCCUUGUUUAUAGCGGUUAAUUAGUUCCAAACCCGACUCUAAUAUAGGAUCCAAAGUUAAUACAUGGAAUAUUUUCAUAGUUAAAGCAUAGAAAACUUGUUUGGGACUUUUUAAAUACAGAUUUUAACAUUAUUAGAGCCCUGUAGACAUGAAAUAACACCCCUCUAGUCAGCAUUGCACUCCCAUUAUUCAUUGUUUACACCAAUUUGCAACAACAGGGGCUCUAGACGGCCGCUAGCUAGCAAGCUAAAAAGUUAGCCUCUAAUUUAUUUCUUCUAAACUUAAGAAAGGUGGAGAAGGAGGCCAAACGUACCACUUCCACGUGGAAUUGGCAUUGACUAAUAAUACAGCAUGCUCUACCAUGAAACAGCCAUCAUUCAUUCAUGAGACGGUUUCCGAAAAAAUAUGAUACCGCGAGUUAGCGCUAAUCAAACUGCAGUAUUGCGAGAGACGACUGUAUCCAUGACUGAAUAAAACCUAAAAGUGUGUUGUUAAUGUUUGCAUAUGGAAUGCGUUCAGACAUUUACAUUUGAAUUCAAGAGAAGCACUAAAACCAAAACUAGCUCCUCGUUUGCCGGUGGGGGUGAAAGUAUUCGCUACUAAACACAGCUAACGUAUGCUAGCUAAAGCAGAAAGAGUCAUGUCAACAUUGUACUGUCACGCUAACAGCUAAUAUGUUUAAACUUAGCUAACUUGUUUCACACAUUUAAAAAUAUUUCUUUAACAACCACACAUUGGUCAUUGGUAUUUUACACUCAGUGGACAGUAAUGACAUUACUAAAUGUGUUAGCAUCAGCUGCUAGCAUAGCGCUCCUCUAGCCUAGCUUAGCCUCACAGCAGACUGAAUAAAAAAGUGACUUUUUGUAGGUGUGACAAGGUUGGUAUUUAUUGCAGGACGAGACUUUAAAGGGAAACCUUUAAAUUUAAAGUCUAAAUUGGCUGAAAAUGUAUUAACGAUUAGCUUCUUUCAUGUUGUGAUGACGUGUCACUCAGUGUUAGCGAUCGGUUUAGAAACGUGUUUCCCCCACGAUCGCGAAAUAGGUUUUGAUAUUUAUUUAUUGAUUAGCUCAGGGGUGGUCAAAGUGUGGCCCGGGGGCAAAAUUGGGAUAAAUAAAGCAAAUAAGGGCAAAAUAUAAAGAGAAGAAGCUGUAAUGUUUGUACUAAUAAUAGAACAAUUUUCAGUAUUGGACACCCCUGGAUGAGCUUGUUUUCUGGUGUUUUAAUGCGCUGGUAACACUUGAUGCCGCUUGACAUCACGUCCAAAGUUGUGACCGGUGAAUGUUGAAACCAUCGCAGCUCAAACCAGACUUUGGUCACAUGGAUGUAACAGCAAAUGUACUUAUUAUUAUUAUUAUAAUUAUACUUUUAUUGCUAAACAUCACUUUUUCGGUCACUGAAGAUGCUUCCAGUUGCUAGGAUACAACGUUUACAUUCAAUAGACGUCGCUUUAAAAAAAUAAAAAAACGUGCUGCCGUGUGAAAGACUCUAUGUACGUCAGAAGGAAUUGCUAACUUGUUUUACUGUUGAUUGAAAUUGUGGUUACCAGGGGCCAAAUUGUGUCAUGUGACUCGCCGUCGCCUCUUAAGGUGGGCUUUGGUAUUGCAGGCAAGGACAGCCGGACUGGUUGACACACCUCAUAUGUAAAGAAACACAGCAGGUGAAGAUGUUUACUUUUAUGACAAAUACACUUUACCAUACUGAAUGUUAUUUUAUGUAUUUUACUUUCCUUGGAUUAUGUGUUGUUUUUGCUCCUCGGUGUAAAAACAGAGACGCUAGUUUGUUGCUGCAAAACGAGAUCAAAUGAUUUUGUGAGAAAUUGAGCUGUAAAUACAGAAUGUUAUUAUUUAUUUUUAUUUUUUUUAUGUCUUCCAGAGGGAAUAAACACUUAAAAGUCACACAGAGGUGAUUGUUUGUAGACACAAACCUCACAUAAUGUAUCAUACAUGACUAAAUGUAUUGAUUGUCCACAUUGUUCUUAUUAAAAUGAAUGAUGUUUGUACGUC